AUGCCCCCAUAUAGAGAAGCCCCUCAAUCAUAUGUAGAACUGGUCCAGAGAAUUGUGGCAACCCACAGACCAACAGUGCCUGACCUGCAUACUUUGCUGGCUGCCUUCUUGGGCCCAGAACACAAGCAGCACGUUUUGGAGGCUAUAGAAAAACAUUAUAAAUCCAAAAGGGCAACCAUUAACAAUCCUCCAUUAGGACACUGGCCCCAGAUUGCAGAUUUAUUGUCUCCAGCCUUUGAAAUUAAUGCCAAUGACCCUAUAGGCAUGGAAGUUCUGAGGGAGGGCCUGGAAGCUAUUAUUCAGGGUCUCAAGAAAACUCAGGCGGUCUCUCAAGUAAGCAUUCCCACCUUUGCUUUGUGCAAUAAAGAUUCUCCCCUACGUUAUGUGGAUAUUGCUAUUCCCUGCAACAACAAGGGAGCUCACUCAGUUGGUCUGAUGUGGUGGAUGUUGACUCGAGAAGUCCUUCGAAUGUGUGGUACUAUUUCCCAUGAGCAUCCAUGGGAAGUUAUGCCUGAUCUCUAUUUCUACCAAGAUCCCAAAGAGAUUGAAAAAGAAGAACAGGCUGCAGCUGAUAAGGCAGUUACCAAGGAGGAGUUCCAGGGUGAAUGGACAGCACCUGCCCCUGAAUUCACUGCACCUCCACAACCAGAGGUGUCUGAUUGGUCUGAAGGGGUACAAGUGCCUUCUGUCCCAAUUCAGCCUUAUCCCACUGAGGACUGGAGUUCACAGACUGCCACUGAAGACUGGUCUGCAGCUCCCACAGCUCAGGCUAUUGAGUGGGUUGGUACUGCCACAGAAUGGUCCUGAUUAAGCAAUAGCAAUUCAAGAAUUACAAUUGAAGAAUAAAAUAUCUUCCUUGUUAACUAAGA